UGAAAACGUCCAAAGUUCGGUUGCACCACUGAUCUCUGCCUCGCCUGUAGACCAGAGUUGCGGAAAUAAAACUUUAUAUAUGCUAUAUACUAUGCAUAAAUGCAGAUAGUAUGGUCCAGUAGUCGUUAUAGCGUGUGGUUUACAACAACUUGUCGCCGGCAAAAGUGACAACAGAAAAACAAGUUCUGCCCGAUUUUAAGCUAGAUCUCGCGAGAGCAUGGCGAAAGCCGGCUGGGCUUAAUUAAAUUUAUAUAAUUUCGAGAGAACGCCGCGGUAUAGCGAUCUCGGGUGUGUGAGUGCUUCAAUUAAAUUCAAUAAAUCAUAAAUAAGUGAGUGCGGCGACGGAUCCUGUUUUAGUGGUGUGGCUCUCUGGCGCAAUUGUGAUUUAUUGGCCCCAGAGGAGCCGGGGUGAUUUCAAGCGAAAUUAGGGAAUUACGAAUGCGAAAACUUAAUUUUGAUGAGUUCCAAUGAAAGUUGUUGAGUCGAAAAUGUUUUCCAUCGUAUUCCUCGCUCUGUUGGCCCUGCCCGCGCAAAUCGAAGCGUUCAAUUUUAUGCCGCGACCCAUCAGGGCGAUAAACUCCCCGACCCAUCUGAAGUUCCAUCUAAACCAAACUCGCAGCUCCUACUUUGGAUACACCCUCGUCAUCCGUGAAACCAGCAUCAUUGUGGGAGCUCCGCGGGCGCAGUCCACCUUGGAGUCGCAACGGAGCAUCAAUGAGACGGGUGCGAUCUACAGGUGCUCCCUGACAGACGGAGCCUGCAGUCCGUAUGUCCUUGAUCCUCGGGGAAACGUGGAUGCGCCCUACAACGAGUACACCUUCGACUCGGAGCGCAAGGACUUCCAGUGGUUGGGAGGAGCCAUGGACGGCGGCACGAGGGAUACGGAUAAGUUGCUGGUGUGCGCCCCGCGAUUCUAUGCGCCAGGUCCCCGGGACUACUUUAUGCAUGGAGUCUGCUACUGGAUCAACAACACGGUGGCCAGCACUCCGGGGCACGUGACCCGCAUCUCUCCACUCCGCCUGAAAUCGGAUCAAGUGAAGGAGCAGGAGAACGGCGUCUCUAGCUAUUUCUACAUUAUGGGCGAACUGGGACUCAGUGCCCAUGUGGCGGAUGACAACUCCAAGUUCCUGAUCGGAGCACCUGGCAUCAAUACGUGGAAGGGAUCGGUGAUUCUCUACCGGCAGGUGGAUCCCGUGGACAAUCCCACUGCCAGCAGACGUGACACGAGCAGGGCGCUCCGGCGAAAGAUUCGCGAUGUGGACACCAGCGAAUACACGCCGGAGCACUAUGCACCGGAGAUACCCCACCCAAAUAACUGGGGCCAGGAUGAUGACUCGUACUUCGGCUAUGCGGUGGGCUCCGGCUACUUCGACAGCACCAACCCGAGCACCCUGCUCUACGUGGCCACCGCUCCCCAGGCCAACAAGCAGUCCGGCGAGGCCUACAUCUUCGAUGUUCGCGGCAAGAGCAUCCACAAGUACCACGUCUUCCGUGGCGAGCAGUUUGGCGAAUACUUCGGUUACUCCGUCUUGGCGGAGGAUCUCAAUGGAGACGGCAAGACGGACGUCAUCAUAUCAGCGCCUCAGCACGCUCUCGAGGAUUCCCACGACAAUGGGGCAAUCUACGUGUUCAUCAACAAAGGCUUUUUCAACUUUGAGAGACAGAUUAUAAGUUCCCCAGUGGAGACUAUGGCUCGUUUCGGAACCACACUUUCGCGUCUGGGAGACAUUAAUCACGACGGCUACAAUGAUGUGGCAGUUGGAGCUCCCUUUACCGGAAACGGAUCGGUGUUCAUCUACCUGGGCAGCGAACAUGGAUUGCGGGAGCAGGCUAGCCAGCGACUGGAUGCUCCUUCCCAUAAACCUUCCAAGUACGGAACCCACAUGUUCGGCCAUGGCCUCUCCCGCGGAUCGGACAUAGAUGCUAACGGGUUCAACGACUUUGCCAUCGGAGCCCCCAACGCCGAGGCCCUGUACCUGUAUAAGGCCUAUCCCGUCGUGAAGGUCCAUGCCACAGUGAAGUCGGAGUCGCGGGAGAUCAAACCGGAGCAGGACAAGGUGAAGAUCACCGCCUGCUACAGACUGAGUACCAGCUCCACGGCGAGGGAUGUGCAGCAGCAGGAGCUGGCCAUCCGAAUCGCCAUCGACACCCAGCUGAAGCGGGUCAAGUUCGUCCAGACGCAGACCAAUGAGAUGAGCUUCAAGGCGGACGCUGGUCUCGGCGAGCAGUGCCGGGUCUUCGAGGCCCAGGUGCGCUACAGCGAGAAGGACAUAUUCACGCCCAUCGAUCUGGAGAUGCACUACGAACUGACAAAGAAGGUUCCUGAUUCUGACGAGUUUUGCGAAACGUGUGCGGUUGUGGAUCCACAGGAACCAACGGUCUCCACGCAGAAGAUUAUCUUCAGCACGGGCUGUGCCACCGACGUUUGCACCGCAGAUCUGCAGCUGAGGAGCAAGAAUGUGAGCCCUACUUAUAUAUUGGGAAGUGCCGAUACCCUGCGUAUCAACUACGAGAUCACCAACGCUGGAGAGACCGCCUACCUUCCUCAAUUCAACGUAACGAGCACAUCCCGUCUGGCUUUUGCCCAGGUCCCUGGAAACUGCAAGGUCGUCGAGGCCGUCAUGGUGUGCGACCUGAACCGCGGACGACCUUUGGCCAAGGGUGACAGCGACUCCGUCACCAUCAGCUUCGAUGUGAGCCAACUCAGCGGACAGUCGCUGAUCAUCUACGCAGAAGUGUUCAGCACGGGGUACGAGAAGAAUCCCACGGACAACAAGCAGACGAACGUGAUCGGCCUGAAGGAGUUCACCGAAAUCGAUGCCAGCGGUGGUCAGACAAACAACCAAAUCGAUUUGGAGCACUACAGCAACUCGGCGGAGAUCAUCAACAACUACGAGAUCAAGAGCAACGGGCCCAGUGUGAUCGAGCAGUUGACCAUCUCCUUCUAUAUACCCGUCGCAGACAAGGUGGCUGGAUCCAAUGCCAUUAGACCCAUCAUCAAUAUGACCAGCCUGAAGAUGCAGGCCACCUACGACUCCCAGCUGCUGGGCAUCGAUCUGUACGACCAGAACAACACGUUGCUCCUUGUGGACCCCAUUGAGGUGGCCACCACUCUCAGCGGGGGCCUGGAGCGGACUGUGAUCACCCAGUCCCACGGACUGAGCUACGACAUCCACAGCAGUGGACAUGUGCACCAGACCAUGGAGAUACUCGAUACCGAUAGGGUGGCCACGGCUUCCAUGACCCGAAGGCGUCGGGAUCUCAGGGCCCUGGCCGCGAAUCGCGAGCAAAAUGCUCGCCUCUCCAAUGUCAAGGCCCACGAUCUGCUCAGCGAGGAAUUCAAGGGAAGGCUACCGGUUAAUCGCACCAUUGUAUUCAACUGCCGGGAUCCCGAGACGACAAUCUGUGUACGGGCCGAAAUGAAGGUGCACUUUAGGCCGGAGAAGUCCAUCAACCUGAACAUCCGCUACAGCGUGGAUCUGAACGAGGUGAAUGACAUUCUGAUGGAUCCCUGGGAGUUCUUUGUCAUCCUGACCGACCUGAAGGUGACCAAGAAGGGGGAUCCCACUUCCAGUUCGUUUUCGAUAAAUGAAAGGAUCGCACCGAAUAUAAUAUCCAAGCAUCUGGAGGCCCACACGCCCAUCUGGAUCAUAAUUGUAUCCGUACUCGGUGGCUUGCUGCUGCUCUCCGCGAUAAGCUAUGCUCUAUACAAGCUUGGAUUCUUCAACCGCACCAAGAAGGACGAGUUGGACAGGUUGGUGCAGCAGAAUCCCGUCGAGCCGGAGGCGGAGAACCUCAACAGCGGCGGCAACAACUAACUUCGGCGGAGGCACUCUUCAGCCGCACACAUCACAUUCAAAAUGGAUGAACCAGUUACCAAAUCCUAUUUUCACAACGGGAAAACUACCCACUAAGUGUGUUCUUAUGCAUUUAACAAGGAGCUAAAUACGAAAAGCGAUUAACGAAAAAUCUACCUUAUAGGAUAUACGUGCAAACUGGGAACCGCGAGACAUACAAUGUUCUUGCGGUUUUUAUUUCUAAGCUAAAUGCCUUGUAAUUUAUAAUUUACAACUUAUUUAUAGCCAUGUUGCCAUUUGUUGUAUAUAUUUAUUUUAAUUAAUCAUAAUUGUAAUGAUGUUGUAAAGGUAGCUUUACAUGGCGACGUAAAAGACUUUCCUAACAUGUAAAUUGUAAAAACGAAAUUAGGUUAUCUUAGGCCGAAACAGCUUGAUAAGAACCUAUUAUUGUAUUAUAUUAGAGUAUUAAAGAGAUGAAUAAUAAAUGAAACUUUAAGAAAUUUUUAAAAAGAUA